AUGGCUAUUGAGGGCCCUGGCCCCGGCUCUGCUCAGGUGUUGCAAGAUCCGUCUAAUGCCUCUAAUUUACGCAGAGGGGGAGGUAGGGGGUUUAUCCUUGUCUCCUGUGCCACCUCUGUCAAUGUGAAUAAGGAUACUGAUCGGGAAAUAGAGAACAAUGUGCAGGUUUUUACGGAGCAUAAUGCUAUCUGUAGAUUCAGGGGUAUUUGGCCUAGCCUCUCGGAGCUGCAUAAAUGGAUCUCUCAACACUGGGAUCCUCUCAUUUCUAGUAUAGUUCACAUAUACUCUAUGGUUAAAGGUUUCUUUGUUGCUAAAUUUGAGAAUGCUAAGGAUAGAAGAAAAAUUCUGUGUGAAAUCUUUUUCUAUGAGAAAGAUGAUAUGCCUCUUUUGGCCAAACCCUGGCACUCUGAUUUUAACCCCCUUUCUAAAAAGUUCAACAAAAUUCCGGUUUGGGUUCGGCUUCCCUACCUUCCUAUCCAUUUGUGGGCCGCUUCUCUCUUUGAGGAAAUAGGUGAUGCUAUUGGAAAUUUCAUUAUGUUGGAUAAUGAAUCCUUUGAGCUCUAUCAUACUACUUGUGUUCGCAUUCUGGUGGAGCUAGAUGUGUUUAAGGGACUACCAGCUGAGAUUGUCAUUAAUUCCUCUUUUGGCAGUUGGGUCCAAUCUUUGGAUUACGAAGGUAUUCCUUUCAGGUGUCAUAGAUGCUUUACAACCGGCCAUGCGACUAAGAAUUGUGGGUUGGAGAAGAAAAAUCCAGUGGCUUCACAGUGGUCAAGGGCCUCAUACCAGCAUUAUACGAUCAUAAAGAAAUCUUUGUACUCUUCUAUAGAGUCGCAAGUUGCUGGGGUUUCUACUAUGGCUAGUUUGGAUUCUUUAAUGGCAAAGAAAGAUUCUUCAAAUGCCAUAAAGGAUGUUUCUGUGAUUAAAGAUGUUGUGAUACAGGAUGUUGUUGUCUCUUCUACUGAAAAUGGUUUGAUGUCUCUUACCCCGUCGGCUGCUUCACUGUGUGUUGAUACAACUAUUUCCCCAUCUGCUGGAUGUGGUCUUGUGUCUACAAUGGUGUUAGGAUAA